GGGGGAAGUCAUCACAAAGUCUCUGUUUCUCCUGUCGUCCAUGUCCGAGGGCUGUGUGAAUCAGUUGUGGAAGCAGAUCUUGUGGAAGCUCUUGAAAAGUUUGGAACCAUAUGCUAUGUCAUGAUGAUGCCAUUUAAGCGUCAGGCUCUGGUGGAAUUUGAAAACGUAGAAAGUGCUAAGAAAUGUGUAACGUUUGCAGCAGAUGAACCUGUAUACAUUGCUGGUCAGCAAGCCUUUUUCAACUAUUCAACAAGUAAGAGGAUUACUCGGCCAGGGAACACUGAUGACCCAUCUGGUGGAAAUAAAGUUCUCCUGUUGUCAAUUCAGAAUCCUCUCUACCCAAUUACAGUGGAUGUCUUGUAUACUGUGUGCAACCCUGUUGGAAAAGUUCAGCGCAUUGUUAUAUUCAAGAGAAAUGGAAUACAAGCUAUGGUUGAGUUUGAAUCGGUAUUUUGUGCCCAGAAGGCGAAGGCUGCACUCAAUGGAGCAGAUAUCUAUGCAGGAUGCUGCACACUAAAAAUUGAAUAUGCAAGGCCAACUCGACUUAAUGUCAUUAGAAACGACAAUGAUAGUUGGGACUACACUAAACCGUAUCUGGGCCGACGAGACAGAGGGAAGGGCCGCCAGAGGCAAGCUAUUUUGGGAGAGCACCCAUCAUCAUUUAGACAUGAUGGUUAUGGGUCACAUGGUCCUUUGUUGCCCUUGCCUAGCCGCUACCGAAUGGGAUCUCGGGACACUCCGGAACUUGUUGCUUACCCGUUGCCCCAGGCAUCCUCCUCUUACAUGCAUGGUGGAAAUCCUUCUGGGUCAGUUGUCAUGGUUAGUGGGUUGCAUCAGCUAAAGAUGAACUGCUCAAGGGUCUUCAACCUGUUCUGCUUGUAUGGAAACAUUGAGAAGGUGAAAUUUAUGAAGACUAUUCCAGGCACGGCACUGGUUGAAAUGGGUGAUGAGUAUGCAGUGGAAAGAGCUGUCACACAUCUUAACAAUGUCAAGUUAUUUGGAAAGAGACUUAAUGUCUGGUAAAUAUGUUUUAUCAGAUUAAUAGUCUACUAGUGGGCAGAUGGAAUGAGGUUGCAAAUGGAUGAUAUCCCAUUGUUCUGUUAUCAUUGUUGGAGUGAUGAUUUCCAAUUUGGAACUAUUGUUUUAUUUAUUACUAUUUAUGAUUUUUA